AUGAUGAACUCGCGAAUAGUCCCUCAAAUCCUGGAUCCACUCAACUCAGCAACGCUCAAUAAACUGCACGAGCCGACCCCUCCACCGACCAAGAAACGGAAAAGAAGCACCGAUGAGGCAUACUGCGCCGCUGGACGGCUUGCUACCUCCUCAAUUGUCAUUAGAGCUCACGCUGCGUCUCUAUCCGAUGAACCCUUAAUCCUCGAGCCGAUAACUGCUCUUUCCCGAUCCAGACUUCCUCUCUCAUGGCUCGACGACACGCCUGCCUCCCGAUCCGACGAACAAGCCGGUGGCCUGUUCACCGCAGACAUACCCACGCUGGAAAAUGAUCUCCGCGCCAAGGCCGAGCCAGCAGUCCUAGCUGUGAAAUUGAUGGUCAAUGGCGGCUUCUACGUUGUCGAGCGGGUAAAGAGAGGUAUCUACUCGCUCUCCAGGCUCGCGCGAUGGGUUCAUGAGGGAGAUAUCCUCGCUGCAGCGAAGCAGUGGCAUAAAAGUGAACCUGCGGUGGCACAUGACACGACUGCUGACGAGCCAAUGGGCGUGUCUGAUGACUUUGACUGGUGGGAGACUGCGCGGAUUGAGGAGCCCAUGUCUGGGCUCGGAAUUGAGGAUAAGCCAGCUGGACCCAACAUUGCGCUUGUCUUUGGACCAUCUGAGCCAGGUCUCGAUGCUGUCGAUUCCUCUCUGGGCGUGGAAGAGGAAAAGAGUCGCAUGUUUGCUCUUGGCAGUUUCGACGCUGCCGAGGAUGAUCCCUUCACUGUUUCCAAGUCCCAGGGAUUGGAUGAGACUGACGCUAUGCAUCUUGAUAGCGUGGAGCCCCAUAUGGCGGACAUGCAACAGUCGCCUGAAGAGCUACUGGAUGGAAUGAGGGAUCAUUAUCUACAGGCUCUCUACAUCUCAAAGACUUCCGUAGCGUACUUUGCAAAAGGUCCGUUGACGCGCUGUCGAACUGCAUUCCAAGUCCGUGACUCGGAACAACCUGAAGCGUCAGCGGAGUUGAUUGCAUUCUAUCGCGAGGCCAUUAUCCCAGCCAAGAAAAUGGAUCUCAAAUACAAAGAAUCACUACCAUCGGCGGUAGGCGAUGCCGCUCUCGCCAUUUCCGAGGAUGAGCAGAAGCCCAAGGGUCGAAAGAGUAAGAAGAAGAAACUUGGUAGGAAUGGGUUGUAUCCCGGUGAAGAAAGAUUUAUCCACAAAUGGUGGAAAGAAAGGGCUAUGAACGAAUCGUCAGCUCGAGAAACUUCGCGUGAGGCAGAGUCCAAGAAGCAGAUAUCGGAUCUUCGACUGCGCGAGACACAGUUACAGAUUCUUCUGAUAUUGGAGGUCAUGGUCCUGGAAAUGACUACUGAGUCGGCCGGCAAGGCCAACCCUAGUAAGGAAGAGAAACCAGAUGGCGAGGAAGAGACACAGAAGAAGCCAAAGGCCAAAAAGCUGGCGGAUCUCCACGUGCUCCUUGAAUUGCACCUUGAUCGAAUGUGUAUCUGGCAUGCUGUGACCAUGCAAGAGACAACUGCUUCCGAUACAGCAAAGGCAUCUUCAUUCAGUGGCAACCAUCUAUCUGGUAAAAAGACCGAGAGCGAUGCCGUGCGCGACUUCUGUACGGAGGUGAUCGUUCCAUUCUAUGCCGCCCGCCUCCCAGACAAGUGCAGGUUGAUCACCCGCAAAUUUGGUGUCUCCAGUGGCAUCUCGCCCAUCACCAAAAAGAUCCGAUCUAGUAAAUCCCAUCGCGUGGAACCUGGAACCGAGAUCAAGCGACAGCCGCCCGCCCAGAAGCCCCGGCGAACAUUGCAGCGAGUCCUUACCGAUGACAAGGCCACCGCUUCUCAAGCUCGUGUACCAGGGUUGCACAGGUCUAAUACCGCGCCCAGUCACCCUCACGGGAAGCGCGACAGUGAGCCCUUGCUACCUACCGUGCUUAGCGGUAGUGUGCGCGGUGGCAUGCAGAAAGCCAAGCGCACCGAUAACCGCGAAGUUGAUCUCGAGGCUGUGGCCAGACAGCACGAGACCAAGUUGAGAAAGGUUCAAAUGAUGGCCGAUCAAAAGAAAGAGCUUGAUGCUGCUAUCCACGCCCUGAGGAAACCAAAUCGGGAGCUCGUCUCCAAAGACAUCGCCGAGGAUGUGAACAAGCGAGUCUCCAGCGGCGGAGGCAGCUCAAGGAAAUCCAAGAACCCCGUCCGCAAUCCAUUCGGUGAGGGUGUGCAGGUCAUGGCGACGCCUAGGGCCAAUCGCAGGAAAGACCCCGUAGCAGGGCCACACCUGCCGCGCAGUCUCGUGCCGUCUCGCUCCUUUGCAGGUGUCGAGAACUCACCCAUUGGCGAGUCCCCGCUCAGGAUCCCCUCGUCGAGCCGGCGUGCAAUCUCCUUCUCCGGUGGUGACUCCGACCCACUGAGUCCUCGCGGUCUAGGACGCAGUCCUUCCCGUCCAGAAGGAACCAUUCAUGAAACCCCCACCAGACCCUCGUCCAAAAUCUUCCAGAGCGACGCCAUUGCCCGUCGGCCCUCCUCCUCUGGCAAAGGACUGUUCCGGGUGCCCAAUCUCCCCGCCCCUCGCUCUGCGACCCAACCCAUGGUCCCGGGCAGUCCAGUGCACUCCCGCCAUACCCCCGUAGCCCCAAGCGCAUCGCUAUCUCAACAAUUCCAGCAAUCUCUCGACAGCGCACGCUCCGCGGCGAUCAUGGAAACCCCACCUAAAAAGCGUGCACCCGAACAGGUGUUCACCCCUACUGCUGUUCCAAUCCCUGCAUCUCGCGACGCGCAGGCCCGGGCGCAGUCUCCGGCUGUGCUGGGAACGCCCAUCAAGGGUGCACCUGCAGUGCCUGUUACCCCGGAAAAGGCCCAAACGCCAUCCAUUUAUGCGCAGCUGGGAUGGGAUGAUGAGAUGGAGUUCUGA